AUGGCUUAAGAUAUAUACAAAUUACUGGUGCUGGCAUACACAUGUACAGACAAUGCAUUGCGAAAGGAUGCUGAAGAAUAGUUGAUGAGUGGAGUAAUUAAAAAUAUCUAAAAUUUCUCAUCGAUUGCCUAGAUUGCAAAGAGUCAGGACAACAUGCAGAAUUAGGCAGCCAGUUUGUUGAAUUCAGUAGUUUUGAAGAUGUUGUAAAACAAUUUUGAAUUACAAUUGGAACAUGCACAGUUAGUUUUUGAUGUGAUCAUAUCACAACAGACCUCAUUGAAGUGCAAGCAAUUAUUGUAAAAAUCUAUGAGUUUGUUGAUUAAAUAAAACAAAAAGAUUAAGCCAGAAAUCGAAAACAAAAUGAAGUAAUUGUUGAAGAGUGAACAAUUAUGGGAAGUGUAAUCGGGAUUAUUUUUCUUUAAGACAUUGAUUGAUUCUUUGGAUUUGUCAUCCUAUAACAUAGUCUUAAAUUAGGGAUUAGAUUGGAUCAAAGACUUCUUCGACCUAAUCUACCCACUAUUCAAGAAGUGGGAUGAACAAUCAGCAGACAUUACUGAAGAGUAUAUCCUCACUAUCAAAUAUUACGCCUAGAUUGUGUGUGAGUUUUGUGAGAAGAUAUUCAAAUAAAAGGCUCAUAAUAAGGAAUCAUUGAUCCCACUCUAAACUAUGAUGUUUAAAUUAACUUCAUUCCAAAUAACCUUAUUUACCAUUUUCAAAUACUCCUCUCCAAAUAAUGUUAUCCAAAGUUGCAUCAUCUCUUGCACUAACAAUGAACAAUUUGACAACAGAAUAAACGAAGUGAAAAUGUAUGGAUUCAAAUGUCUCCAAAUAUUAAUGAAUUCCCUAUUAAGCAAAAGUAAAAAUGAAUAAAGAAACAGUGUGUUUUACAAUCAACAAGCCAAUUUAAAUUAGUUAUUGUUGUACUCCAUCUUUGCAUACACCAGAUAAGCCAAAAUCCAAGACAUUCUAUAGUAAACACUAAGCUAUAAUUAGGAAACAAUAUCUGUCGAGUAUCUUGAGUAGCAUGCUCAGAUUGCUGGCCCAUUUAGGGGGACAGGCUGA